AUGAACAUUUUCAUGCUAUUAACUCUGUAUAUUUCGAUACCGUACGCAGUGGCCACUCACACUUUUAAGAAUCAUUCCAAAAACAGAAUUCGCGAUUACAUCGAAGAAAACAGUUUGUCACUAAGAGAUAUUUUACCUGUUAAACCCAAGCAUUACGACAAGAAUCGCGCGCCAAAACUGCAGGGACAACCAACCAUUGUGUAUUUCCAUGUAACCGUACUUUCUUUGGAUUCGAUUAACGAAGAAUCGAUGACGUAUGUUACCGAUAUAUUCCUAGCCCAAAGUUGGCGCGAUCCAAGACUUCGUCUUCCAGAAAAUAUGAGCGAAGAGUACAGAAUAUUAGACGUAGACUGGUUGCAUAGUAUUUGGAGGCCAGACUGUUUUUUUAAAAACGCCAAGAGUGUCACGUUUCACGAAAUGACUAUCCCCAAUCAUUAUCUUUGGCUGUAUCACGACAAGACACUGUUAUACAUGUCAAAGCUGACCCUGGUGCUGUCCUGCGCUAUGAAGUUCGAAACGUACCCUCACGAUACACAAAUUUGUACGAUGAUGAUAGAAAGUUUGUCGCAUACAGAUCACGACUUAGUUUUUAUAUGGAAUAUGACAGAUCCACUUGUUGUUAACCCUGAAAUAGAACUGCCUCAAUUAGAUAUUUCCAAUAAUUAUACAACCGACUGUACCAUAGAAUAUUCUACUGGUAAUUUCACCUGUUUGGCAGUUGUUUUUAAUUUAAAAAGGCGCUUAGGAUAUCAUUUGUUUCACACCUACAUACCAUCAGCCUUAAUCGUAGUGAUGUCAUGGAUAUCAUUUUGGAUAAAACCAGAAGCCAUACCUGCUCGUGUAACACUAGGUGUUACAUCUCUACUUACACUAGCUACCCAGAACACACAGUCGCAACAAUCUUUGCCUCCUGUAUCUUACGUGAAGGCCAUUGAUGUGUGGAUGUCCAGUUGUUCGGUUUUUGUUUUUAUGUCUCUGAUGGAGUUCGCUGUUGUUAACAACUAUAUGGGGCCAGUGGCAACAAAGGCAAUGAAGGGAUAUUCCGAGGAGGACAUUAACUUAGAUAUAAAUGAGUAUAGAGGAAUGGAAAGGCCUCGUUACAGCACCGUCAGUCAACCACAAUAUGACACUUUCUGCGAUGGAAAAAGUAUAGCUCUUUGCAUUGAUCAGUUUUCCAGGUUCUUCUUUCCCUUUUCUUUCUUAAUUUUAAACGUUGUUUAUUGGUCCACGUUUCUUUGACGAAGUACUAUUAGAA